CGCCUCUGUCCAGCAGCCGCGGCUGUCCCCAGAGCGCCAGACGGACGGACAGAACGAGCGAGCGAGCGAGCCACAGAGCGCGCGCCAUAGAGAGGGAGGCGGGCGGGCAGCGCCCCCUCCCCGAUCCUCCUCCCCAUCCCAUCCCACCCCACCCCCUGAUCCUCCUCCUCCCCCCUCGCCGGCCUCGCCGCUUGCUUCGGAGCUCCAUGGCCGCCUAGAGCCGCCCAGAGCCGCCGCGCCAUGGGGCCGCCGCCGCCAGGUCCGGGCGCGCUCCUCCUUCGGCUCUGGUUCCUGCUAUUGCCGCCGCUGCUGCGCCUGGCCGCCGCCGUGGAAGAAACACUGAUGGACUCCACCACAGCAACGGCAGAGCUAGGCUGGACUGUGCAUCCACCGUCAGGGUGGGAAGAAGUGAGUGGCUACGAUGAAAACAUGAACACAAUUCGGACUUAUCAGGUAUGCAAUGUCUUUGAAUCCAGCCAGAAUAACUGGCUAAGGACCAAGUACAUUCGAAGGAGAGGGGCCCAUCGUAUCCACGUGGAGAUGAAGUUCUCGGUCAGGGACUGCAGUAGCAUCCCUAAUGUUCCCGGAUCCUGCAAGGAGACUUUCAACCUCUACUAUUAUGAGUCUGAUUACGACGCGGCAACCAAGACAUUCCCCACCUGGAUGGAGAACCCCUGGGUGAAGGUGGACACUAUUGCUGCUGAUGAGAGUUUCUCUCAGGUGGAUCUUGGGGGCCGUGUGAUGAAAAUCAACACAGAGGUGCGUAGCUUUGGGCCCGUCUCCAAGAACGGCUUUUACCUGGCCUUCCAGGACUAUGGGGGCUGCAUGUCCUUGAUUGCUGUCCGCGUCUUCUACCGCAAGUGCCCACGCAUAAUCCAGAAUGGAGCCAUUUUUCAGGAGACGCUCUCUGGAGCAGAGAGCACUUCAUUGGUGGCGGCCCGGGGCACUUGCAUCCCCAACGCCGAAGAGGUGGAUGUACCCAUCAAGUUGUACUGUAAUGGGGAUGGGGAAUGGCUGGUUCCCAUUGGGCGCUGCAUGUGCAAGCCUGGCUAUGAGUCGGUGGAGAAUGGGACUGUCUGCAGAGGCUGUCCCUCGGGGACGUUCAAAGCCAGCCAGGGAGAUGAGGGCUGUGUUCAUUGCCCCAUCAACAGCCGGACCACGUCAGAAGGAGCCACCAACUGUGUCUGCCGCAACAGCUACUACCGCGCAGACUCUGAUCCGCUGGAUAUGCCGUGCACCACGAUCCCUUCAGCCCCGCAGACCGUCAUCUCCAGUGUGAAUGAGACCUCUCUGAUGCUGGAGUGGAGUCCGCCCCGGGACUCCGGGGGCCGCGAGGACCUGGUCUACAACAUCAUCUGCAAGAGCUGUGGCUCAGGCCGCGGGGCUUGCACCCGCUGUGGAGACAACGUGCAGUUCGCCCCGCGCCAACUGGGCCUGACCGAGCCACGCGUCUACAUCAGUGACCUGCUGGCCCACACCCAGUACACCUUUGAGAUCCAGGCCGUGAAUGGCGUCACCGACCAGAGCCCGUUUUCGCCACAGUUUGCCUCCGUCAACAUCACCACCAAUCAGGCCGCCCCUUCCACCGUGUCCAUCAUGCACCAGGUGAGCCGGACGGUGGACAGCAUCACCCUCUCGUGGUCACAACCUGACCAGCCUAACGGAGUCAUCCUGGAUUAUGAGCUGCAGUAUUAUGAGAAGGAUCUGAGUGAGUUCAACGCCACGGCGGUUAAGAGCCCUACAAACACUGUGAUGGUGCAGAACCUCAAAGCUGGCACCAUUUAUGUCUUCCAAGUGCGGGCGCGCACGGUAGCAGGCUAUGGGCGCUACAGUGGCAAAAUGUACUUCCAGUCCAUGACUGAAGCUGAGUACCAAACCAGCAUCCAGGAGAAGCUGCCACUCAUCAUUGGCUCCUCGGCCACAGGCCUCGUCUUCCUCAUUGCCCUGGUGGUCAUUGUCCUCGUUUGCAACAGUCAAUCUGCCUCCCGCUCAGCCCGGUGCUCUCCUUCCAGAAGACGAGGAUUUGAGCGUGCAGACUCGGAGUACACUGACAAGCUACAGCACUACACCAGCGGUCACAUGACUCCCGGCAUGAAAAUUUACAUUGACCCUUUCACCUAUGAAGACCCCAAUGAGGCUGUCAGGGAGUUUGCAAAAGAGAUCGACAUCUCAUGUGUCAAGAUCGAGCAGGUGAUUGGUGCAGGGGAGUUUGGCGAGGUUUGCAGUGGACACCUGAAGCUUCCGGGCAAGAGGGAGAGUUUUGUGGCCAUCAAGACGCUGAAAUCGGGCUACACAGAAAAGCAACGACGGGACUUCCUGAGUGAAGCCAGCAUCAUGGGCCAGUUUGACCACCCCAACGUCAUCCACCUGGAGGGAGUGGUCACCAAGAGCACCCCUGUCAUGAUUGUCACCGAAUUCAUGGAGAAUGGCUCCUUAGAUUCCUUCCUGCGGCAAAACGACGGUCAGUUCACGGUGAUUCAGCUGGUUGGCAUGCUACGGGGCAUCGCCGCCGGCAUGAAGUACCUGGCCGACAUGAACUAUGUCCACCGUGACCUGGCAGCACGCAACAUCCUUGUCAACAGCAAUCUGGUCUGCAAGGUCUCCGACUUCGGCCUCUCCCGCUUUCUGGAAGACGACACCUCAGACCCCACCUACACCAGUGCCCUGGGUGGAAAGAUUCCGAUCCGCUGGACAGCGCCGGAAGCCAUCCAGUACCGGAAGUUCACUUCUGCCAGCGAUGUGUGGAGCUACGGCAUAGUCAUGUGGGAGGUGAUGUCCUAUGGGGAACGGCCUUACUGGGACAUGACCAAUCAGGACGUAAUAAAUGCUAUCGAGCAAGAUUACCGAUUGCCACCACCUAUGGAUUGCCCCAGCGCCUUGCACCAGCUCAUGUUGGACUGCUGGCAGAAGGACCGGAACCACAGGCCCAAAUUUGGACAGAUUGUCAACACCUUAGACAAGAUGAUCCGGAACCCAAACAGCUUGAAAGCCAUGGCACCCCUCUCCUCGGGGAUUAACCUCCCCUUACUGGACCGCACCAUUCCAGACUAUUCCAGUUUCAACACCGUGGAUGAGUGGCUUGAGGCCAUCAAGAUGGGGCAAUACAAGGAAAGCUUUGCCACCAGUGGCUUUACCGACUUCGACACAGUGUCCCAAAUGACCAUGGAGGACAUCUUGAGAGUGGGGGUAACGUUAGCAGGACACCAGAAGAAAAUUCUGAACAGUAUCCAGGUGAUGCGCGCACAGAUGAACCAGAUCCAGUCUGUGGAGGUUUGAGAAGCUGGGGACUUGCACGUACCUUUUCCAUGAGGUCCUGUUCCCUUUUCGUUCCUGUGUGUCUGAGCCCAUGUCGGGUCUUAACGUUCCCCACAGAGACAGCAACUACAGGGAAGGAAUACCCUCAGGGCAAAGUUGCUGCAGACUUUAAGAAUCCCCCCCAAUAAAAAAAGGGAACAGUAAGGACUUUUAUUUAGAAGGAUGUUUUAAAAGGAAAUGGAACAGCAAUGGAUUUCUCUUUAAGGGCUCUGAGACAAGCAGGCUGACCUCCUUCCCCUUCUCCUUUGCAUGAGAUGCUUCAGACUUGCUGCCUCCCGGGGCACAAAGCAGACCAGAAAGUCUUGUGGGGUGAGUGGGUGAGAAACUUCAUGUCUCACCAAGAGUUGUGGAGCAUGCCUCCACCCCUCCCCACAACAGCCAGCAGAUCUACAGAUUGGACUCGAGAGGGGACCAAAGUCAGCAAAAAAAACCCCCAUGUGAUGGGGUCAACUCGAGAGUGAGCGACAUCAGAGAUGGACACAUCGUCUUAACUUCCUCUCCUCUGGAGGACUAAAUCCGGACGAAGCUUUCCCGUCCCCCUCCCACACCUCCUCUGGCUGAAAGAUGUCGUUCCCCCCCCCCCAGGGGAAAGGAAAGCCACGGGGCUGUGUGAGGUCUUGGGUCUUCAUUGCGCUGGGAUCGUCUUGUGAGUGGCACUUCCCAGAGGCUCCACCCCCUGCACUUCCCAGUGGCAGCUGCUACAUAUUGAUAUGCACAGGACAUUCGAAAGGCCUCAUGAAUUGCCAAUGACCUGCUUCCGGCAGGAAAUUCCUCUCCUUCUCCCUGUGCCAUGCCGUUUCUUGUAGACUCGAUGUGCAUUUCCAUUUGGUUGUCGUCGUUCCACCUUUUUCUACUUUGUUUACAAUGGGCUGGGCGGGGAUUUUUUGUGGGGGAGGAGUGUUUGGUUUUUUUUAACAAAAGCAGGAUGACAAAUCCACCAUUCUCAUCUCCCAGCAACACUCUCUCCUUCUGGGCAGCGUCCUGGCUUAGCACUUCCAAGGGGUCUUUUCAGACAUGCCCCCUUUCCUCCUUUUGCCGGGCUGCUCCCAAGUCCUUUGUCGCUCCUUAGUUGUUUCAAAGUUGGUGGGCUUCUCCGCUGUUUCAUGCAGAGGAACCAGUUGCCUCAUUGUGAUAGCUCUCCAAAAAAACUUGGGUGGGUGGAGGCUUGAACUAAGAAGUUCAGCUGGGAAUGAAGAAACAGAGCUGGAGGAACAUGGGUCAAUGUUUCCCAUAGUCCUAAGACAUGCCCUCAGAUCUUGUUCGGCAUCACGAGGGGACUGGAAACAGCACCAGUGGAUGUUCAGCAACGGGAGAGUCUGCAGCCUUUUCAGGAAAGGCCCACAACAGGACUCCUGAACCUCCAGAGCAGUACCCCAGAUCUCAUUCUCCGCAGACGCCAGUUGCUGCCCACCUGUUCCUCAGUACAUUGGUGGUAUUGUGGGCCUCAGAUCUGCCAUGGCCAAGCUUUGGUGGUCACGAGAGGAACUGUUUCUUGGAGCAUAACUUUGCAGAAGAUCAGUCAACUUGGUCUGUCCUACUAAAGGUUAAAAGAACAGGGAAAGUUUGGGAGUGUUUGGAAGCCCACCAUUUCACUGUCAGGGGGAUCACAGUGGGGAGAGAGUGACUCUGCUUAGCUUAGGGUCUCUUAGUUCUGUAUAGGGAGAGGGAGGACCAGCCGUGCCAUUAGGAGCUCCACAGAAGCUUUGUGUCUCAAGAGCCAGAAGGCCUGGGUCAGAAUUAAUGGGAAAUCUUGGUCCUCUGCUACAUGAAUGAGCAACAACAAGCCUUGCAUGCUCCCCUGGCUCCUCUUUUUGCAAAUGUGAAGGAGUUUGCAAGCUUUUGCAACAUGACAUCCAAACUUUGGAGAACUGUGGUUUGUUUAAUCACAAUGACAACUAACUGGGCUCAUAAUUUACUUUCACAUCCUGGCUUGUUCUGAAACUAGUUUAAACAAGCCAGAGUCCCUAGAGUUUUGAUGUCACAGGGAACUGUGUGUUUUAAAAAAUAUAAAGUUUUAACAGGAUCAAAUUAUGAUGGGGUGAGCACCUUUUUUUUUCUGUCGAGGGCCGUAUUCCCUUGGGAGAGAUCUGUUCAGGGUUGCAUGCAAGUGUUGGGUGGAGCCAGAGCCAAUUGUGGGCAGAGCCAGAGACAAAUGCAUUCUGGUCCAACUGAUUCAGAAUAAAGAUAAACCCAGAAUAAAAGAAAUCCAGGAUACAAGCAUCAACUUUUUUUUUAUCAAAUAAAAUAUUAACCCAGUUGUCCUGAAACUACACUCUUAAAAGUGGGGAAAAUAAAGAGAAAGCAAACAGGAAGGAAUUCAAAUGGAAUUGAAGAAUGGGGCAGCUUCCAGAGGUAUCUGAGGCUGCAUAAAGUAAGGUUAGGGUUGUAGGUUGCCCACCUGCAGUUUAAACAAAUCAUGGUUCCCUGUGUCAUGCAGAUCAAAGGUUUGGUAAAAGUAGAGCCAAUGAGAUCAACCAGGAUCAAAGCAUGGUUUCAGAUCCUGGCUUGUUCUUUAAUCCCAGUUCAAACAAAACUUCAGCCCUUGAGUUUGGACAUCACAGGGAAUUAUGGUUUGCUUAAAAGUGGAAGUGAAAACAAGCCACAGCUUGUUCAUGUAGCAGAAAACCACGAUUUCCUGUUACUUCUGAACCAGGCCACUGUAGACAGUGAAUAAGAUUUCUGGGGGCUGGCCUUGGCUAAUAAAGGAUACUGGCAAAAGGUGCCAGAGGUGGGUGUGCCUUGUGGGGUGUGCAGGAGAAAGAUCUAGAUGCCAUGAAAUCUGUCAAAAUCCCAGACAACUGUAAUGGAAUUAUUCAUAGCUUGGUGGCACAGCAUGGAGAGCUUUUGCAAUCCCUUUGAUAUGUGGGGUGGGCUGUCCCAUUACAAACCAUGGCCAUUGAGUGCCACCCACUGUGUGCCCCCCAAACACUCUGCUUGGACCCUGAGCCACAGCGUUUGUGCUUUGCUGCCUUCCUCCCAAUGUGAGUGCACCGUUCUUUGCAUGGAGGGGAGGAGCUAAAUUGAUCUUUGCACUAAAACUCCCCUCAUCCUGAUCUAAGCCCCAUCAGUUCCAUUGGGCACUGUUGGCAUUGCGGGAGGGAGGGCAGGGGAGAUGUUUUCACCAGCAGACAAACAACACGCAUACCUGAUCCAUUUCACUGUGUGUCAGCGAGUGCCUCACAGCGCCACUAAAGAGGACGAUGAUUUCAAGGGAAAGGGGCUGAUGAAGACUUGCCUCUUUUCUCCCAUUGACGAAACACAGGUGUUUGUGUGGUUAACACCAGAAGCUUCAUUGUGGCCUCAUCAGGGCAGCGGAGAACUCUCCCCUUGCUCCUCGACAGUGCUGUCCCCCUUUUUCGUCUGUCUUUAAGCCAGCAGAGAGACUUCUUUUGCAGGUCUUCAACUGUGUCUCGGACUUUCGGUGUGCAUAAAGUGGGUGCGCCGUGCACAUUGACCAUUGACGCAUCAGGUCGUCACACAGACCCCAUUGCAACAGCUUGGCCACCCUCCCAAGCUCUUGCCCGCUGAGCCAGCAUCCCCUCUUCUGCAUCCCAUUCCCACACCGUCCUUUGUCAUCACCAUGUUUGUUUCACAACCCCAGAGCUGAAAGUAGAUUGCCCACUUCCCUUCGAACAUAGCAAUAAAAUGUCAGGCUCUGGAUCCUGGCUCUAUUGGACACUGUGAUAAGGAUUAGGAGAGGGAAGAGACAGCAGGUUGUGUUGGCAAGAGCAACUUCCUCAGGAGGGCCCCAGGAUUUGUGUUUAAAGGGCAAACAUGUCAGGGAGUUAGGGGGAGAAGCAGAAGAAGCCAAUUCCUAAACGCAAAAGCUUGAUCAAAGUCUCAUAUAUUUCACUGUGAUUUUUUUUUUAAGCAUAACAACUGAACUAGAAUGGACCUUCCUUUGUUUUGAACUGAUGGAGACUCUUAAGCCAGCAGACCUAAUGAAGUCCCCCAGAUAUUCACAUUUGGCCUGGUAGCCCAUUUUGCCCAACCCACACUCACCUGACUCAUACCUGUCAUCAUGUAUGAUGUCAGGUGUGGGGCGGGUAAAAAUGUGCCUGAGGCAAAAACUGUUAAAAACUGUUGUGUUGUAGAGGGGGUGUUGUAGGAACCUCUAUGCCAGCUGAGCAUUGGGCCUUGCAAAGUGCACUGCCUUUGGCCACACAGUUUGAUAUCAAGCUACUUGGGCAAAAACGGGUUACCUAGCAUCCUUGUGACAUCAGGUGAUUGGCAGGUGAGCAGUCCCCUACAACCGGUCACACUUGACCCGCAGGCGAUGGAGCAGGCAAGGAUCCAUUCACUGCCCAUGAAUGAACCCAAUUUGCAGUCCAAGCCCAUACAUGUCUACUCAGAAGUCCCACUGGAUUCAAUGGAACUUCUAGGAAAGAAUGUUUGGAACUGCAGCCUGUUGUUGUGUGUUGGAUUUUCAGACUGGGUGCUUCUUCUCAGCUGGUCUUCCUUCAGCAACUCUUGGAGGAUAGCGCAGAUCUCCUGGACUACUUUGGCUGUGCCAUCUCUGCCCAGAACCAGAGGACAGGCUAUCUGCCAAUUUCAGCCCAUGAAUUGAUCAUCACCAGCCACCAUGGAUGAAGAUGAGUUGUUUUACAGCACAGUUCCUCACCAGGCAAGCACUGGUCUCCUCAGCCACAUCAUCAGGAACUCAAACUCAACACAUGUUUAGUGAGGGCAAUGCAUUUCAGAAAUGGGAGGCGUUUGGGAUCCCUGGGCCCAUUGCUCAAUAGCAUUUGAGCCUGGCUUGCAACACACUCUUCACCAGCCAGCUCUCUUUGUCCUUCCCAAGUGGCCUCAUCCUUUUGAGGGGACAACAAUCAAUGGGGAAGGCUUGGGUGGACAGAGCCUGGAUGCUUUUGAACAUGCUCAACACCACUGGUUGCUGUUGGGAUGGCCAUUUCCUAGAUCUCCCAGCCUAAUUCAGUGUACCAGGAGGCACUUCCAGGCAUCCCAAUGGAAAGGGACACAUCCAGUCCUCUAAAGAUGAGAUACAAUGCUAAUGCUAGGCAGUCCUUCCUGAUGUUGGCAUGCACACACCCCAAUGAAAUGGUGUGUUUUGGGAAAUGGGGACUGAACAGUGGGCUAAAAACCAGCUGUAAUUGCGUUCAUCCUACCCAGCUUUCUUAGAAGAACUUUCAAGAAAACACUGUAAAGGCCUUGUUCUCUGUCACUGCUGUCUUUUCCUGUCUUUUCCUUUGGUACUUGACCCAUCAGGGGCAGCCUUUGGUUUUUCAGUUCCAUUGCCAAUCAGAUAAGGAUGGAAAUUGUUGCUGGGUCAUAGCUCAGAGGCAGAGCUUGGAAAAGUUACUUUUUUGAACUACAAUUCCCAUCAGCCCCAGCCAACAUGGCCACUGGAUUGGGCUGAUGGGAGUUGUAGUUCAAAAAAGUAACUUUUCCAAGCUCUGCUCAGAGGUAGAGCAUUUGCCUUGCAUGCAGAAGGUCCCAGGCUCAAUUCCCGGCAUCUCCCAGCAGGGUUGGGAAAGGCCCUUGUCUGAAAUCCUGGAGAACCACUGCCAGUCCACAUAUACUGAACCAGAUGGAACAAUGCUCAUAUUCAGUAUAAGGCAGUUUAUAAUUCUCAUAUGUGCUGGCUAGCGAGGCAACAAGAAAAACCACCAUGGUUUCUACCAGAAAGGGAGAUCCCAUAGUUCUGAGUUAGAACAGGGGCAGUUUCAUAAAAAGCAUCAGAAUUAAAAAGAGAAGGCCUUCUGGUGAUUUUUCAGAGAACUUUCAAUUCUUAAGAGUGUUUUCUGAUAGGCUAGAAUUGCCCCUCUGAACAGUACAGAAAGCAUUUCCCUGAUUGUAAAAAGUGGCAUUUGACUUUAUUUUACAUAAACACCUCACUCAUUCUGAUUGACUACCAUAGUUUGGCAUCAUCACAUCCCCUCUAUGAUUCCUGAUUGACUGGUAUUGUCAUAUCCAGUACAUGAUUCCUGAUUGGCCAGUAUCAGCCUAGAGGAUGAACUAACUGAACACUUCUGAAGAACAGCAAAUGUGGGCAAAAGAGUGGCUGCAAACUGUAACAAACCCCCAAAAGACAUAGAACCAAGGGCUCCCCACAUACCAGCCAUCACUAGUUUCAAGAUUAAAAUCAAACCAGUCAAACCUCCAUUGCCAGUUUGUGUUCUCACUCCACCUUUUCAUCUCAGCUGUGGUGCCGAGCAAUAACAUCUGUCCUCGAGCCUCCUGUUUCCACUAAAUGGUGACCCGUUUCUUUUGGCAGGCCUCCACCCCAGGGGCCUGUGAGGUCUCUUGUCUGCCCAUGGGCCAUGGCCUUGUGUGUGCAACAUUUGCUCUUCCCCUGACAGUAUUUGUAUUUUUUAGAAAAUGUGAAUAGGUAGGUGGUGUGCCAGCCCUGCUCACACGGGUGUGUGUCUUCCAUUCCGACCAGGGCUUCUCCUGGCUCCAUGAGGCAUCUUUAGAUGUUGCUGGAGAGGAAGAUAAUAAUAAUCCAGAUGUAUUUAUAAAGGAAACUGAA